GAGGCCGCGCCGCAGCGGAGCUUCGGCACCGGAGGCUGGGAUUGAAAGGGCUCAUUCUGAUUGGCUGAUAGCAUUCGGCUCAUCGACCAAUCCUAGCGUGGUGUUUGAAAAGAACCAAUAGCAAAGCACUUCGUUCUAUGUGUUACGUCACUACGCCAGAUGUCCAAUAGAAGUGCUGAUUUCUGAUACCGGAGAUUUGCAUAAGGGCUCUAUAAAUACGGGAGUAAUCGCAUUAUCCGGCACUCCGCUGUGACUGAGCAGUCAGGCAGCUGCAGCCAUGCCCGAGCCGGCCAAGUCCGCCCCCGCGCCCAAGAAGGGCUCCAAGAAGGCGGUGACCAAGACGCAGAAGAAGGGCGACAAGAAGCGCAAGAAGAGCCGCAAGGAGAGCUACUCCAUCUACGUGUACAAGGUGCUGAAGCAGGUGCACCCCGACACGGGCAUCUCGUCCAAGGCCAUGGGCAUCAUGAACUCUUUCGUCAACGACAUCUUCGAGCGCAUCGCGGGUGAGGCGUCGCGCCUGGCGCACUACAACAAGCGCUCCACCAUCACCUCGCGGGAGAUCCAGACGGCCGUGCGCCUGCUGCUGCCCGGCGAGCUGGCCAAGCACGCCGUGUCCGAGGGCACCAAGGCUGUCACCAAGUACACCAGCUCCAAGUAGGGCGUCUCGGACUGUCACUUAUAACCCAAAGGCUCUUUUAAGAGCCACCAAAUUUUUCAAUAAAAGGGCUGAAUCAGUGCUAUUAGUGGGGAGGUACGUAAAUACUUAAUAUUUGCACGUUAAUUAUUAGAUGACGUGUCCUCUACCAAGCUUAAAUGAACGUACUAAAUUUUUAAGAUUACCUUGUCUAUGUGCGGUAUAUAAACUUGGUUGUUAACCUCUAAUCCGGUUCCGUCUCAAAAGGGGCUUGAAAGCAGCAACAGCUUUUCCAGUUCAAAGUCCCGUGGUAAAGGUGAAAUUGUGAAAAUUUUCUAAGUGUUAAAUGCCUUUUACCAAAUUUACUAGCAUUUACUUUCAGUGCACUACAGCAGUAAAAUAAAGGUUUCAUCUUGGCCGCUU